AUGCACUCGAACUCUUACCAACAACCUUUGGCUCAGCAAAACCGUCCAACGGUUGAUCUGGAUGAACUUUUUGGGAGUAACAACGGACGCAUCACCAGUGCCCCUACACAAUCACCACUUCUGCCAAAUCCCCUCCCCCAACAACAAUACCUUCCUGGGCAACUUCCAGUAUCGGCACCUGAGCUCUAUGCUGUAAAUAGUGCACUUCCGCCACCACCACCAUACGAUUACGGUGAAGAUCAAUUCCAACGACCUCCCGUCGGCAAUCCUGUGAUCUCGUAUAAGCAGGGUGUCACACCGUACGCGGCGCCGCAGCUGCAGCGCGUCGUGGCUGAUGGACUUGCAACAGUUCCACCAUGGACCUCGAAUAAUCAAGCUUCUGCCGCUCCCCCAAAUGCGGGGGCGUACCCCAGCGUGUAUUAUCAACCCAGCCUGCAAGCCGCGGUACCUUCCUCAGCUCCAUCACAUCCAGUUUCUCCGGUUCCUAACCUUUUGAAGGAGGAUGAAGACCGUGAGCAGUUGGGAAAAAUUAUUCGUCUGCGUCGCGAGCUAGAGCUGGAACAGGAACGGGAGCAGCAGAAGUUGCGUGAGUUGAACACAUGGGGAUGUGUGGAGUGCACUUACCGUAAUGAUUUAGAUCGAAAUGAGUGUGAGAUGUGCGGCAUAGGACGACCAGGCUUUGCGAAACGGAACCCCGUACCACCAGCAAGCACGGAUAAAAAUCGACCUACUUCCAUGCACGCCCCCCAGCCUCCGCAAGUACCGGGGUCUAGUGGAAAUUGGCAGUGCCAUGUUUGUCUUGCCCCCAACGAGGCCUCUAGGGAGAGCUGCAAGGUCUGCAGCGCCUUCCACAAGAAUGGAAUUCUCGCACGGGCUACCUAUGACAACGUGUCGAGCCGUGUUAAUCAGCAAAAUUCGGCCGCAAAACCUGUCUCUACGAUGAAUACCAGAUGGCGCUGCAGCAUCUGUUCGACCAUCAAUGAACCCUCGCGCUCGAACUGUACGGCCUGCAAUGGCUAUCAACGCAAUGGAAUCCCCCUGGUAGGGGAGAGCGAUGCCGCGAUGAGUUCUCCGGCGGGGGUCAGCGGUGGCGGUAGGGGCGGCAGCGCAUCCCCCGCGAGUGGCUUCGUAGACUCCACCCCGUCAUUGCCCACUAUUUGGCCGUGCUCCGUGUGCAGCCUCGAGAACCCCGUGAGCGUGGCGGUAUGCCAGGCCUGUGAAAGUGGGCAGCGACCACGCCACCUGGCCCCUGCGAAUGGGGCUGCAUUUGCACGGCCCUCCACUUCGACCGGGGCCUCCACGGGCCCGCAGGGACGGCGGGAGAUUCGUGAGGCAGAGUCAGAUCGAGGCCGCCCCGUGGAGUGGCCUUGCCCUGCCUGCACCUUUGUGAACCGUAUUGAGCUGUUUAAGUGCGAUAUGUGUGGGGGCGCACGCCCCCAGCAGUACACCCCGCCGGUGACAGAGGGCAGCAAGCGGGAGAAGAAGCGUCAGGAGGACGACGACCGGGAUGAGGUGCAGUGGCAGGAGAACGGCGUGGCUAAGGCGUGCAAUCGAUGCCAAAAUGAAUUUGGCCUAAUGCGGCGUCGCCACCACUGCCGGGUGUGUGGGUACGUUUUCUGUGCGACGUGCUCACCAUUUCAUGUAACUGUAAAGAAAGGCUCAGAUCCGGUGCGUGCGUGCGUGGACUGCUACGAGGCUAGGAAGAAGAAGGGGUAA